UUAGGAAUCGUCCCUAAGAAAGCACCCAAUGAGUUUCGACUUAUACAACAUUUGUCAUAUCCGCAUGAGAAUUCGGUUAAUUCGGGAAUUCCGGUAGACUUUUCUUCGGUACGCUAUGCGUCCAUUCAAGAUGCAAUAGUGUUUGUAAAACGUUUAGGAGUUGGCUGUUAUCUCGCUAAAACUGAUAUCAAAUCUGCCUUUAGAAUUAUUCCUAUUCAUCCGGGGGACUAUCCGUUACUGGGGAUGAAGUGGCAAGGGAAUUAUUACUUCGAUCGCUGCCUCCCGAUGGGCUGUAGGUCAUCGUGCGCCAUUUUUGAGCGAUUUAGUACGGCACUCGAGUGGGCCGCCAAGCAAAUCUUUCAGGCCGACGAGAUAAUACACGUUUUGGAUGACUUUUUGUUAAUAGCCAAAAGUAAGCAGUCUUGCGAAAAUCUAUUGUCACGGUUCAUUUCACUUUGUAACUACUUAGGCGUUCCCAUUGCGCCCGAGAAAACCGUAGGACCCGAGACCGAAUUGCCUUUUGUCGGGAUUACUCUAGAUUCUAUUCGCAUGGAAGCUCGCUUGCCGGAGGACAAACUCGAGAAAUGUCGCACGAUGCUCUUGGAUUUUUAUAAGCGGCGUAAAGUCACGCUACGCGAACUUCAGUCAUUAAUUGGCCUCUUAAACUUUACAUGUUCAGUGGUUUUGCCGGGUAGAGCCUUCUUA